AUGCAGCUACUUUGCUUACUCAUCGCUGUAUUAUCCUUUGUUAAUGCAAAACCAAACGAGUUUACAUCACCAGAACUCUGGAAUUCAUUCAAACGCAUCCACCUAAAACAAUAUGUCAAUGUUGAAGAAGAAAAUUAUCGUCAAACUGUCUUUAACGACAGAGUCGCCAUGAUUAAUCAACAUAAUCUUGAAGCUGAUUUAGGCUUACAUUCCUAUACACUCAAGAUUAAUAAAUUCGCUGAUAUGACACAUAACGAAAUUGUGCGAACUAUGUCAAGUAAGUUUAAAAUGAAUCAAGCAGCAAAAUUAUCAACUGAAUCGAAUCGACAUAUAUUUCAUCCGCCAUUGAAUACGAAUCCAUCGAUACCAGCUGCUGUUGACUGGCGUAAGAAAGGUGCUGUUACUUCGAUAAUUGAGAGUCAAGGUGAAUGUGGUUCCGAUUGGGCUUAUACAGCAACAACUGCACUAGAAGGACAACAUUUUCUCAAGACAGGCAAAUUGGUACGACUUUCAGCUCAGAAUCUAUUGGAUUGUUCGGAUAAAUUUGGUAAUGAAGGUUGUAAUGGAGGGCUAGUCAAUGCUGCAUUUCAAUACAUUAAAGUUAACAAAGGUGUGGAUACAGAAGCCAGCUAUCCAUACAAAGCAAUACAAGGACAAUGUCGCUUCAAUGAAUCGACUGUGGGUGCAACUGUUACAGGCUUUGCUAAUAUUGCGAAAGGAAAUGAAACUGCCUUACAGAUAGCUAUUGCUACUGUGGGUCCUAUCGGAAUAGCGAUCGACGACUUACAUGAUUCUUUCAUCUUCUAUUCAUCAGGUGUUUAUGAUGAGCCAGCAUGUUCAACGAAAGACUGGUCUCAUACGAUGACCGUUGUUGGAUAUGAUACAUUCAAUAAUGGCACAACGAAACAAGAUUAUUACAUCGUGAAAAAUUCUUGGGGUGAAGAAUUUGGUAUGCAUGGUUAUAUUUGGAUGAGUCGCAACAAAAAUAAUCAAUGUGGAAUCGCAAAUUGGGCUAGUUAUCCACUUGUUGAAAAAUGA